UCGAACGGUCGUAAACUAACCACACAAUACUUUUGAGAACAUUCUCGAAGAAUGGUGUAACUCAUAUAUAUUCGUAUCUUCCCUCCUUGAAAAAAUCCUCUGAAACCCUAGAGACUCUCUUUUCUCUGGUUCUGUUUAAAACUUCGUCCCUUGUUCUUUCCCUAUUUCUAGGGUUUCUCAUAUUCGGCGAUUUUUCAUCGAAAAAAAAAUGGCUGGUAAAGGUGAAGGACCUGCUAUUGGUAUCGAUCUAGGUACUACAUACUCAUGUGUUGGAGUAUGGCAACACGAUCGUGUUGAAAUCAUUGCUAAUGAUCAAGGAAACAGAACUACUCCUUCAUAUGUUGGUUUCACUGAUUCAGAACGUUUGAUCGGUGAUGCUGCAAAGAAUCAGGUUGCCAUGAACCCAAUCAACACUGUUUUUGAUGCCAAGCGUUUGAUUGGUAGGAGAUUCAGUGACACAACUGUCCAGGGUGAUAUCAAGCACUGGCCAUUCAAGGUUCUAUCUGGUCCAGCUGACAAGCCCAUGAUUGAGGUCUCAUACAAGGGCGAGGAGAAGCAAUUUGCUGCUGAGGAGAUCUCAUCCAUGGUCUUGAUUAAGAUGCGUGAGAUUGCUGAGGCAUACCUUGGUUCUACAGUUAAGAACGCUGUUGUUACAGUCCCUGCCUACUUCAACGAUUCACAGCGUCAAGCUACAAAGGAUGCUGGAGUCAUUGCUGGUCUUAAUGUUAUGCGUAUCAUCAAUGAGCCUACAGCUGCUGCCAUUGCCUAUGGUCUUGACAAAAAGGCCACCAGUGUUGGAGAGAAGAAUGUUCUUAUCUUUGAUCUUGGAGGUGGUACCUUUGAUGUCUCUCUUCUAACUAUUGAGGAGGGUAUCUUUGAAGUUAAAGCCACAGCCGGAGACACUCAUCUUGGUGGUGAGGACUUUGACAACAGAAUGGUGAACCACUUUGUUCAGGAAUUCAAGAGAAAGAACAAGAAGGAUAUUAGUGGAAAUCCAAGAGCUCUUAGAAGAUUGAGAACAUCUUGUGAAAGAGCAAAGAGGACUCUAUCAUCCACUGCCCAGACAACUAUUGAAAUUGAUUCUUUGUUUGAAGGUAUUGACUUCUACUCCACCAUCACCCGUGCCAGAUUUGAGGAGUUGAACAUGGAUCUGUUCAGAAAAUGUAUGGAGCCAGUUGAGAAGUGUUUAAGAGAUGCCAAGAUGGACAAGAGCACUGUCCACGAUGUUGUGCUUGUUGGUGGAUCCACCAGGAUUCCUAAAGUUCAACAGUUGUUGCAAGAUUUCUUCAACGGAAAGGAGCUUUGCAAGAGCAUCAACCCAGAUGAGGCUGUUGCUUAUGGUGCUGCUGUUCAAGCUGCCAUCUUGAGUGGUGAGGGUAAUGAAAAGGUUCAAGAUCUUUUGCUAUUGGAUGUUACCCCUCUAUCUCUUGGUUUGGAAACUGCUGGAGGUGUCAUGACUGUUUUGAUCGCUAGAAACACCACCAUCCCCACCAAGAAGGAACAAGUUUUCUCCACGUACUCUGACAACCAACCAGGUGUGUUGAUUCAAGUAUACGAAGGAGAGAGAACCAGGACCAGGGAUAACAACCUGUUGGGUAAAUUUGAGUUGUCUGGAAUUCCCCCAGCUCCUCGUGGUGUUCCACAAAUCACAGUCUGCUUUGACAUUGAUGCCAAUGGUAUCCUUAAUGUCUCAGCUGAGGACAAGACUACCGGACAGAAGAACAAGAUCACCAUCACCAAUGACAAAGGUAGGUUGUCUAAGGAAGAUAUUGAAAAGAUGGUUCAAGAGGCAGAGAAAUACAAGUCUGAGGAUGAGGAACACAAGAAAAAGGUUGAAUCCAAGAAUGCUCUUGAGAACUAUGCUUACAACAUGAGGAACACAAUCAAGGAUGAGAAGAUCGGUGCCAAGCUAACAGCUGAGGACAAGAAGAAGAUUGAGGAUUCGAUUGAAGCAGCCAUUCAGUGGUUGGAUGCCAACCAACUUGCUGAGGCUGAUGAGUUCGAUGACAAGAUGAAGGAGCUUGAAAGCAUCUGCAACCCAAUCAUUGCCAAGAUGUACCAGGGAGCUGGUGCUGACAUGGGUGGAGGUAUGGAUGAUGAAGUCCCCGCAGGAGCUGGAGGUGCUGGUCCCAAGAUUGAGGAGGUCGACUAAGUUUGAUGAACUUUGCUGAUGGGUAUUUUUAUAGUAUGUCUUUAGUUUGGUUAUGUUUCUUUGCUGCUGAUCCUUAUUAGUUUGGCAGAACAGUGUUGGUAUUUCUGUUUAUUUUCCAUUCUCUCCGCCAGAGAUUAUUAUGGCUGGUUGCGCCAUUAAUUUUGUUAGACUUGCUUUCGGUACAUCUGCACUAUUAGUUUAAUUCAGUUUAUUUUUGUCUGUUA